AUAAGUCGGUCCUCCCCGCGCGAGGGCGCUGUUCAGCCUCACUGAUUACUGAACGAUGACCGAGGACGCGGCCAUUCACAAAAGCAAGCGGAUCUCAAAUGGAUCCUUAAGUCAAAAUGGACCCUUUUGACAGCUCCGAUUCUCUGGAAGGGCCAUCAAAGGCUGCGGCGACAGAUGCAGAGGUAUCGGAGCCGUGGUCGCGCUUCUCUGCCUGGCUCGAGUGUGUGUGCGUCGUUACCUUCGACCUCGAGCUCGGACAAGCCAUAGAGCUCGUUUACCCUUAUGAUGUCAAACUCACGGAAAAGGAGAAAACAAGCAUUUGUUACUUAUCCUUUCCUGACUCAUACUCAGGAUGCCUCGGGGACACUCAGUUCAGCUUCAGACUGCGGCAGUCGGUGGGCCGCAGUAGCUCUUGGUUUGGACAGGAGGAUGUGUACAACAUGGAUGCACCUGUGGCCCUGCAGAAGGAGCAUGCACAUUUCCACGGGUAUGUGUAUUUCAGGCAAGUGAAAGAUGCGUCUGUCAAAAGGGGCUACUUUCAGAAGUCUCUGGUGGUGGUGUCCAGACUGCCGUUUGUGAACCUGUUCAAUUCACUGCUGCAGGUCAUUGCUCCUGAGUACUUUGAAAAGCUCGAACCUUGUCUGGAGACAGUCUGUAAUGAGAUUGACCAAUGGCCAGCACCAGUACCAGGGCAGACCCUCAACUUACCUGUGAUGGGUGUGGUGAUGCAGGUCAGAAUUCCCUCAAAAGUCGAAACGCCAGGAGGAAGCCCUGUAAAACAGCCACAAACAGAGAAUCUGCUCCCUGCCCCCACAGUUCUUCCAUCAGUCCACGAGCUGGAUCUUUUUAAAUGUUUCCAGUCAGUCCUGAUUCACGUGCAGAUGCUCUGGGAGCUCAUGUUGCUAGGAGAGCCCGUGGUUGUUAUGGCACCCUCUCCAACCGUCUCCUCGGAGACUGUGCUGGCCCUGGUCAGCUCCAUUGCCCCACUGCGCUACUGUGGAGAUUACCGACCAUACUUCACCAUUCAUGACAGUGAAUUUAAGGAGUACACCACCAGGACUCAGGCUCCGCCUAAUGUUAUAUUGGGUGUCACAAACCCUUUCUUCAUAAAGACCUUUCAGUGCUGGCCACACAUUAUUCGCCUUGGAGACCUGAAGAUGUCUGGUGAUUUACCAAAGCAAGUGAAGGUCAAGAAACUGGCAAAGUUAAAAACACUGGAUACUAAAACAGGUAUUUACACAGCGUACAAGACAUUCUUACACAAAGACAAAGCCCUCAUCAAACGACUCUUAAAGGGUAUUCAGAAAAAAAGGCCAUCAGAGGUGCAGAGUGCCAUUUUGAGGCGGCAUCUGUUGGAGCAGACACAGAGUUUCAUUCUUCCACUGGAAAGGUAUUUGGAAAGCCUCAUGCCACCGCAGAGGUCUGUGUCUCCAUGGAAGACACCUCCUCAGAUCCGGUCCUUCAGUCAAGAUGAGUUCAUGAAGACCCUGGAGCAAGCAGGGCUGCAACAAAUGCUGAAAGGAGAUUGGACAGGCCUGUACAGGCGUUUUUUCCGUUCUCCAAAUUUUGAUGGCUGGUAUCGGCUCAGGCACAAAGAGAUGACUCAAAAAGUGGAAUGUCUUCAUUUAGAAGCCAUCUGUGCCGCUAAGAAAGAAAAUCCUGCGAGUUCAGAACAACAUGAGGGAUCUGCUGACGUGGACCAAAGACAAAUCAGAGGUAGAGAUUGUUGACCUCAUCCUGAAGUUGAGGGAGAAACUGAUGAGAGCUAGAAAACACCAGCUUCCAGUGAAAGAAGAACUUCUGGAGAGAUUAGAGCAAUCCAUCCAGACCAUCAUCAGCUCCUUGCCAGAGGAUCUACAGACACUAUUACAUAGACAAUGACAAUCAGACUCACGUGAACACUGACCAGCAGAUCCACUGACAAAUACAUAAGACUGUCUGUCCAGAAUAUACCAGCCGUAUAUGAACCCAUGACACCUGCACAGGUAUCAACCCAGUUUUCUUCUUCUGGUAAACCCAUACACUACCAAUACGAGGCCUUUCAUUUUGGAUGUACAGUACUGAAGAGAAACAACAGAUACUGCUAUACAAAGGUUCUAUAUGACACAAGAAGAACACAGAAAACAUUGAUUCUUAGAUUUUAAGACCUCAGCUAGGCUUCAUACUAGAUUUUAAACAUCUGCUAAAUUGCAUUUUAACAAGCAUCAAGUAUUUAAAUAUAGCCUGCAGUCAUUUAGCACUGCAUGAACAUAAAAUUUAUUUUAUAAAUCAACAUUUAGUCAAAUAGCUUGAUUAAAAAGAAUGAAAAAUGUGACUUUUAAGCAUAUUAAUCAUUUAUUUAGCAUAUGCAGUGAAUGAUAUUUAUAUGUAUGACGUGUUGGAUUUAUUUAUAAUUUAAUAAAUAUCAACACUUUUAUUCUGGUGGUAGUGUUAGUUAUUACAUUAUGGAACACUAGCAAACCUGACUCUAAAAAUACACGGCAACACUUUUGGCAUUUAUUUAUGCAUUUACACCUUACCUGACCUUUAACCUUUGCACAGGAACACCUCUGUGCACACUGUUGUUUGGCCAGUUUUUAUUAUUUUUAUAUUAGGAGCUAAUUGUAUAAGCAAUUUUAUGACAUUUUAGAUUUGAUCUCAAUCAGGGCCUGAUUAACAAACUCUGGAUUAAGACUAUCAAUUAAAAUCAGUCUAGUUUUCGAUUAAUCAUUAUUGACAGUAUCAUUUUAUUAUAAAUCUUUUAAUAUUUUCCAGGAUUUAUGAAUGACUGAGCAGUAGCAGUGAAAUCUGGUCACAUGAGCGUAUUAGGUGGUGGUUCAUAAUGAAUUUUGUCAUUGGAAAAGGUCAAGUUCAUCAAUGUCAUUAAAACACAAUACCAUCAUGUAUAUGAUACUCAGUAUAUAUUGUGUUUGCCAGUCAUGAAUGUUCCUUUUUUGAUACAACCUGAACCUUAUUUAGUUGUUCUACAGCACUUUUUGUUUGCAGGUUUGCACUUUUUACGCAUAUUUUGACCUAAGUUUUUGUAGCACAUUCUGUGAUUGCUUGAUUAGUUUUCUUUUUAUUUAUUAAAAUGGUUGCCAAACUUUCCAAUAUUAUAAAAUGUUUGUUUUAAAGAGCCAUGUUUUGUGUUUUUAUGGUUGGGAAUGUAUUAUUAAAGUCUAUGUUUGAACUGA